GGGACGGGGGAGCCUGAUGGGCUGCCGUCUAUGGGGUCGCACAGAGUUGGACACGACUGAAGUGACUUGGCAGCAGCAGCAGCCCUCCUUUCUGGAAGGCAUUCAGGUGAGGAGAGGCCCACUGGUGGGUUCUGUUUCUCAGGCUAGCGGGGUCUUCGUAUCCUUCGGCUGCCCUAAAGCAGGCCCUCCCCUCACCUUCUGUGGCCUUACCUUGCAUAAAGGAGCUCACACCCCCACCUCACUCACGCCAGCGCUGCAGUGGAGCUGGAGUGGGACCAGUGACACAUGACCCAUCACUGCCAGAGGAUAAAUCUGCAGAGCAGUUUUGGGGGUCCUGGGAGAUCACGUGGGGCAAUUCCUAUCUUGGAAAACCAAGCAUGCCUGUGUCUGCUGCUAUGACUGAAUACAGCUUAUUCCAGGGCUAGGGGACAGAAGGGAGUGCAGGGGACUGGUCACUUGUUCCUUAUCUGGGCUUGCUCUUGGCAGACCUCAAGAUGAGCCCAUUGUGGGGAGGGAGGGGGGUGAGGACCUGGGCUGGAGCCAAGGGAAGAAGCCUGCCAGCACCGUCAGCUGGCAAACCGAAGAGGAAAAGCAGGCCUGGUCUGUGCCCCAUUCCUGUUCCCCACCUGUCUCUCUCCCCUUUCCCCCCUUUCCCUGGCCCUGCCAGACUCUGUCUCCCUGGGUGCCUGCCUUCCCUCCCCUGGAGGGCGGGGCUUGGCUGCACCCACGUGUGUUGGAAUUAUAUGCUCCCAGCCAGCAGGGGAGCUGGGGAGAGUGGCACCCAGCUGGCGGCUCAGGCAGAGAAGCAGCACCAUGACCGGCAAGAAAGUCUGCAUUGUAGGCUCUGGCAACUGGGGCUCAGCCAUCGCCAAGAUUGUGGGUGGCAAUGCAGCCCAGCUGGCACACUUUGACCCACGAGUGACCAUGUGGGUGUUUGAGGAAGACAUCGGGGGCAGAAAGCUGACAGAGAUCAUCAACACUCAGCACGAGAAUGUCAAAUACCUGCCAGGGCACAAGCUGCCCCCCAAUGUGGUGGCUGUCCCUGAUGUGGUCCAGGCUGCAGCGGAUGCCGACAUCCUGAUCUUUGUGGUGCCCCAUCAGUUCAUCGGCAAGAUCUGUGAUCAGCUCAAGGGCCACCUGAAGGCCGACACCAUUGGCGUGUCUCUUAUUAAGGGGGUAGACGAGGGCCCCAAGGGGCUGAAGCUCAUCUCUGAAGUGAUUGGGGAGCGCCUUGGCAUCCCCAUGAGCGUGCUGAUGGGGGCCAACAUUGCCAACGAGGUGGCUGAUGAGAAGUUCUGUGAGACAACCAUUGGUAGCAAGAACCAGGCUCACGGACAGCUUCUGAAAGAGUUGAUGCAGACACCCAAUUUCCGCAUCACAGUGGUGCAGGAGGUGGACACAGUAGAGAUCUGUGGGGCCUUAAAGAAUAUAGUGGCCGUGGGGGCUGGCUUCUGUGAUGGCCUGGGCUUUGGCGACAACACCAAGGCGGCUGUGAUCCGACUGGGACUCAUGGAGAUGAUCGCCUUCGCCAAGCUCUUCUGCAGUGGCUCCGUGUCCUCUGCCACCUUCUUGGAGAGCUGCGGUGUUGCUGACCUCAUCACUACCUGCUACGGAGGGCGGAACCGGAAGGUGGCCGAGGCCUUCGCCCGCACAGGAAAGUCCAUUGAGCAGCUGGAGAAAGAGAUGCUGAAUGGACAGAAGCUGCAGGGGCCCCAGACAGCCCGGGAGCUGCACAGUAUCCUCCAGCACAAAGGCAUGGUGGACAAGUUCCCUCUGUUCACAGCUGUGUACAAGAUAUGCUACGAGAACCAGCCAGUGGGGGAAUUCAUCCACUGCCUGCAGAAUCAUCCAGAACAUGUGUGAGCAGGCCUGAGGCCCAGGCCAGGCAGCCUCUUUAUCAAUGCAGACAGGCAGAAGCUUGGGGUGCCUGGCCACCAGGAGCUCCGGGACUCCCCAAGGAGCAGCGUCUUUCCAGCUUUUUACUGAGUGACAGGAGGCUGAGGGCCCGGGUUCCUGCCUGGAGAUCCUGAAGCAGCCCACAACCUCUCGGCCAUCACAUCUCACCAGAAAUGGAGUUGCCUAGUCCCUCUCCAAAUGGGGAGCUUUCUCCCUGUCCUGUGAGAGGGGCACAAUCAGCCCCAGAGUGGCCUGCUUUGGGCCUGUGAGGGGAGGAGCGGAGGGAAAGGGAGGCAAGGCAAGGGCUGCUUCAUGCUGCCUCACAUAGACCAGAAUUCUUGUCCCCAUGCCUCAGCUACAAGAGGGAUGAGGCAAGGGCUGCAGGGAGGGGUCUGGGCUUUUGAGCUGACAUGGCGCCAGGGACCCCUUUGCUCUGACCUCUGCCAGGCCCCACAGGGCAUCAAUGGAUCUCUCAGUGUUUGUUCACAAAAUACAAAGAUCUCAAACAAC